CGAGAACCGACUGUUGAAACGCCCGCCGCCCGUCGUGCCACGUUUGACGCACUCUGGCAUUCGUAUGGCGACCAUUAGCGGCAGCAUCGAGGGCUACCUCAUCAAGCUCGACGACGAGUAUGGCGCGAUCGUCUACUGCCUCCUCGAAGAAGGCAGUCUAAUUUACUACAGCGGAAAAGGCGGCGCGCUCCUCGGCGAGCUCACGCUCACGGGCAAUAAGGUCAGCGUCAACCUCAUCCGUGACGCAUCCGACGCGGUGCCCAACCGGUUCAUUGUCUCGAGUCGAAAGCGGCCGGAGCCGCGAAAGGAGCUCCAAGGUGACGAGGCGCCGUUCCCACCCGAGCGCGAUGCCGACACGCGACUUCUCUUUGCCGCGUCGACGCCCGAGUGCCAAGAGAACUGGGCGACUGCGAUUCUCAACUGGAACAAGCAUUGCUGGGACGACGCAGAGACGGUGUUUAGCUACAAGGACGAGCUCGACGCGCUCCGACGGCUCGUGCAGCACUACCGCCUCAAGGAAAAGCCGCGAAAGCAGUCCGAGCCCGGCAGCGGCCACGCCGUUCCAGUCUUUCCCAUUGGAUAGUUUGCUUGAUCUAUCCAUCACCAUCUAUCUAUCUAACUAACUAUUCAAAGUAUGCUUUGGCGACGA